UUCCUCUUCUCCCCGCCUGCCCCAGGCUUUGCUCUCUCCCUUUCAUUUCCCCUCCCCACGCCGCCCUCUUUCGCCGGAGCCUCCCUUCCCAGCUCCGGGCCGCAGCAAAUGAGCAGUUUGCAAAGACACGCUCGGGCUCCUUCCCCUCCUCUGGGCAGGGCCUGGCUGUGGCCAUUGGCUCCCUGAGUUCCUGCUCUUGCUAGCCCGGUUUAAAGGUGGUGCUCGGAGCUGCUGCUAGGACGGCUGCAGCCCAGGGCAGGCAGAGCAGGGAGCUGCCAGGAUGGGGGUGCUCCAGGGGGCUGUGCUGGUCGCGCUGUGCAGCUGGGUUGCAGGAAAAGGCUGCAAGCAUUUAAGCAAAACCCCUGAAUUUGGAGAUAUCUACCAUGUCAAAGGGGUGAUCAGCCUGCCCUACGCUGAAAUCGAGGAGCCCUUUGAAGCCUGGUACAACAAGACGGGAAAUAGCAGCCGGAUCCAGUACUAUGAUGGGCAGGUGAUAACGUACCAGCUGGAGUCGGUGGAGCCGUACGGUACCAACUAUAAGAUCACGCCGGAGACUACCGAGACGGAGAUGAACGUCGUGAAGUGCUUCCAGCUGAACGGCACGAAGGAGAGCCCUGUCACGCUGCAGACAGUCUUUCCCGACACGAACGGCUUCAAGCCUUACUACAGAGGCCAGUACUGCUCCGUGUGGCAGGACGUGUCCGACUGGGGCAAGAAGAAGAACAUCUACACCCUGUGGGUGACCAACGCCAGCUGCGGCUGGACGCCCGUCCGCUACGAGAUGCGGGGCUUCAACAGCCUGCUGGGCUCCCACUACGACAAGUACGAAAUUGACUACAGCGGCUUCGCCCUCAGCUACCCUGCGUCCGUCUUCAACCUCCCCACCAACGGAACCACGUCCUGCGAGGAGCUCCCGGGGCGGGAAGCCGAGCGCUGGAUCCUGGCCAACCCCAUGCAGGACUUUGUGGGGAAGCGGGAGGACCGGUCCCACCAGGUGUUCCACCACUACCGGAAGAGGUUCGGGAAGACGUACCGCAGCGAGCAGGAGCUGGAGCACAGGAAGCACACCUUCACGCACAACAUGAGGUACGUCCACUCCAAGAAUCGGGCCAACCUGCCCUACAAGCUGGCGCUGAACCACCUGGCCGACCGCACCCCGGAGGAGAUGGCCGUGCUGCGGGGGCGGCUCAAGAGCGGGGCUCCCAACAACGGGCAGCCCUUCCCCACGGAGCUGUACGCUGGCCUCAUCCUGCCUGAGUUCCUGGACUGGCGGCUGUAUGGCGCCGUGACCCCAGUGAAGGACCAGGCUGUGUGCGGCUCCUGCUGGACCUUUGCUGUCACCGGCACGAUGGAAGGUGCCCUGUUCCUCAAGACCGGCGUGCUGACAUCGCUGUCCCAGCAAGUCCUGGUCGACUGCUCCUGGGGCUUCGGGAACUACGGCUGCGACGGCGGCGAGGAGGCGAGCGCGUACGAGUGGAUCAAGAAGCACGGUGGCAUCGCCACCUCCGAUUCCUACGGGCCGUACAAAGGCCAGAACGGCUUGUGCCACUACAACACGUCUGAGCUGGUGGCCAAGGUGCAAGGCUACGUCAAUGUCACCUCGGGGAACGUCACGGCCCUGAAAGCCGCCAUCUACAAGAACGGCCCGGUGGCCAUCAGCAUCGACGCCUCCCACCGGUCCUUCUCCUUCUACUCCAGCGGCGUCUACUACGAGCCCAAGUGCGGUAACAAGACAAGCGACUUGGACCACGCGGUCCUGGCGGUCGGCUACGGCGUGCUCCAGGGGGAGCUGUACUGGCUGGUGAAGAACUCCUGGUCCACCUACUGGGGGAACGACGGCUACAUCCUCAUGUCCAUGCAGGACAACAACUGCGGGGUGACCACGGAUGCCAGCUACCCAAUCCUGGAGUGACCCCAGUUCCCCUCACCAUCCGAGCCCCGCCCACGGGGGCGCCAGGCCUGGGGGAGAACACAGACUGGGACGUUGCUUGGCAGGUCCGUGUGGAUUUCACCCUAGCAGAGACACUGGCCGGGGACCUACUUGAUACAGUCCCCCCGCCUUGCCAGGCGCUGGCCCUGGUCUGGAGCGGAUCAACGCUCCGUCCUCUGGGCACUAAGUCCUCAAGUGACAGUUCAAGCAGCCACUCGGGGAGGAAGGUGGGACUAUAGCUCUGCAAUCAAGGGGGAGGGGAGGGGAAAUUGAGGUGUGGGGGAGGUGUGGUAAAGGGAACAGCCUGUGCAUAGCGGGGAGGGCUGUACAUGGAAGUUUGUCCCCCUCGACGGCAGCUUGACUACUGGGCAGCCCAAAAGAGCCCCCAGCACACAGCUGAUGUGGCUCGCUCCGCUGCGGGCAAUAAAGUAGCUGGGAAAAUGCUGGCUCUCU